UUGCAAUUUACUUUAUUGACAGACAUGAUACAAAAGGGCAGGCAGGCUGUCAGGAAAUCAGACUGACAGACAGACAGUCAGACAGACAGCCUGCUCCAAAUUUGCCAAGGGAGGUGAAGAUCUCUGUAACCAACUCCUAGCCUUAGAAGACACCCAGAGUUUGAUGCUACUGCUACGGUACUGCCAUAUUCCACGCAUCAAUCAUCUAGGAAGAACAGUUGCACCUAGUCUGAUGAAGUCUGCCUCACGAAUUCACGACAGCCUGUCUCAAUCAUCAUUAAACAUAUUAUUAAAUGUCCUGACCUAGAAAACGACCAAUGGACACAAGCUACAUUGCCCAUUUGAUAUGGUGCACAGCCUCGUACAACUUCCUAAAUUCUUCGAAGAUAUUCAAGAUUCGGUUGAUCUACUCGUGGAGAAUAGACAAGAUGCAACCCCAUUAUCAAUAGGAUUUGAGCUGGAGCAAUUAUUACCACACAGCAAGUCCUUGGAAGACCUCCUUAGCAAUACAGAAGGCCUUCAAAAGAAACUGUCGCAGAACCACUUUAACAGCAUCACAUCCGAACUACUAGGAAAUACAAAUUCACUUCGACAGGCUGCUAGACUCAGAUCGUUGCAGGGCAAACCUGCUGGAUCUUGGCUUGAAGCUGUCCCAACCUCUCCCAAGUUUGCACUAAAACCCGCUAACUUCCGACUAGCAACUCGGUUGAGAUUGGGCUGCAGCAUGCCUAUGUCUUCAGCAAUUGAAAGAUGCGAGUGUAGCAAGAUCAAUGACAGAGAAGGCUAUCACCUUCUAACCUGUAAAACUGGAGGCAGACCCAUCUGGUCCCACGAAUCAGUAGCAAAUUUGUGGUGUGAUUGUUUACGAGACCUAAACAUAACACACAGAAGAGAACCCAGAAAUCUUUAUGAAGGAAGCAAUUCUCGUCCUGAUAUCAUAGCAUUCGAUGCCCAAUCUGGAUAUGAUAUCGAGCUGGACAUAUCUGUUGCCCACCCGUGGAAUGAGGACAUCAUCUUACAAGCCUCUAAGGUGGAUGGAGCCGCUGCCGCCAAAAGAGAGUCACAGAAGACGGAAAAAUACAGCAAAGAGAUUGAUGCUAUGGGAAAUGCACCCAAUUGCAUUCCUCUGGUUUUUUAGCAUUACUGCCGCUGGGGAUGGAAAGCCCACCAAUUUCUACAUCAUCUGUCCCUAUUAUCUGUAGAUGAAGAUGGACACCCAAACAGUGGCGAGUUCAAGACAUACUGGAGAUGCUGCCUGUCCGUAAGCCUCCAGAGAUGCAACGCACAAGUGCUCUCAAGAAAACUAUGUAGACUUUCUUUUAGCAAGAGCAGUUGUACUGCUUAUAGCAUACAGUUAUUUAAUCAUCCUACGUAGUAAGCGGCCGUAAGGGCCGCCAGACAUUGUUGUAGCAUGUUUUCCUUUUCCUUGCUGGAACCAUUUAGAAUGUAAUAGUGUUGAAAUUUUAAAUAUAUGUAUUGACAGACAGACAGACAAUGAAAGAGACAUUCAGAACAUCAUUCAUUAGAGUUUGAGAAGUCUUCGAUCUGUAUG